AUGACAACAUCUCAUAUUUUAUCAGCUGUAGAUCCCGUCGGCAUUGGAUCAACACCUAAUCCAAAUAUCAACAGUAGCGGCCCCCAUUCGCCGCAUCCACAUACGCUAAAUGGCCACGCAACUACAAAUGGCAGUAAUCAUACUCCGCUGGCUAAAUGUAGUCCUAGCAUGGAGCGUAACUUGCAUGUCUCACUCGAUGAUCGCGAAUUGUGGCUACGUUUCCAGAACCUAACCAACGAGAUGAUCGUCACGAAAAAUGGCAGGCGAAUGUUUCCUGUUGUUAAGAUAAGCGCUUCUGGGUUGGAUCCAGCAGCCAUGUACACCGUUUUAUUAGAGUUUGUACAAGUAGACUCUCAUCGUUGGAAAUAUGUUAAUGGAGAAUGGGUACCAGGAGGUAAAGCAGAAGUACCACCAUCAAAUCCAAUUUAUGUACACCCAGAAUCACCAAAUUUUGGAGCACAUUGGAUGAAGGAACCAAUUUCAUUUGCAAAAGUCAAGCUUACAAAUAAAACAAAUGGCAAUGGACAGAUUAUGUUAAAUUCGCUUCAUAAAUACGAACCUCGAGUGCACCUGGUACGCGUUGGCUCUGAACAACGUCAUAUGGUUACUUAUCCGUUUCCAGAGACACAAUUUAUUGCAGUCACAGCUUACCAAAAUGAAGAAGUAACUUCAUUAAAAAUAAAAUACAAUCCAUUCGCAAAAGCUUUUUUGGAUGCAAAGGAGCGUCCUGAUACAUUGUACUCUCAUGAUGCACACUAUGGUUGGCUAAUUCCUACGCAUUAUACUAAUCCUGCAGCUGCACCACCACCACCACCACCAACAAGUUCAUUGCCACCAGUUUCAGCACCCUCGUUGAGCGCUGUUACAUGCGAUCGUUAUGGGCGUUCAAUAUCCCGAAGCUCUUCAAAUAAUAAUCGUUCAACACCAUAUACUCGACCACGUAUAGUAUCCAGCACUGGUUCCAAUGGAAGCACCGGUAAUGCAUCUCCACCACAACCACCGUCCGCACCACAUACACCAACCGGUUUACAAACAAGCACUAGUAGUAUAACAGGCGUUCCGACUAGUUCCGCUGCCUUUACAAGUUCCUAUUCACAAUCAAGUUUCAUGCCGCUUGAACCAAGUUCUAGUGCUUCAAUGUUCUCCUACCCAGGCAGUUGGCAAAGUAAUAGUAAUUAUUGGAGCUCAACAGCAGUACCUGGACCGGUGCCAGUGAAUGUGUGCUCUAAUACAGGCAGAACAUUAUCAACACAUAAUUCUCCAUCACCAACAAAUGGUUCUCCAAAUUACAACACAUCAUCGCCGAGUUAUACUAUACAUCAUCUAACACCUCAUGCGCACCAGUACAACAUGACUCAAUCAGCGCAUGUGAAUUCUGAAAUGUACCAAAGCUCGACAACAGCCUCACCACCACAAAGCUAUGGUACUCCAACAGUCUAUCAUCCAACACCCACUUCACCCUCACAUCAACUAUAUACAAAUGUAAUAAAUGCGCCAACAGCACUUAGCUAUCCCGCUAGUACUUGGCACAAUAGCGCUGGCGCUGAAUACGGUUUCUAUCAGAAUGCAGCUUACUAUCAGCCCGAAUAUAUACCUCUUGUCACCGAUAUUGGUUACGCGUCACAUGCACUUGAGCCGGUUGAAGUUUCAAAAACGCUUGAUGACACUCAAACUGCAAUUUACAAAGCACAAGAGGAGGGCACUUCGGUUCUCACUCUGGAAUGUUCCAGCAUGAAAACAAAUAACACAAACUCAACCACUACUGCAUCUGUAAAAUUGGAAAAUCUUGAAGGUGCAGCAGCGGCGCAUGAACGUGCUACUUCCUCAGGUAUCACGGCAGUACCAACUUCAGUAGUUACUGUUGGCACUGGUGCUACAUCUGGGGGAAGUUGGACACCAUUAACCCCACCACAAAGUGCUUUGCAAUAA